AUGGCCGCGACGCCCGACUUAGUGCCGGUCCUCGCGGAAAACCUGCGAAGUUUAUAUUUGGGCACCGACGAUGCGGCGCGACGACGCGCGGACCACUUCCUCCAGAAGAUCCAGCGGGGCCCGGAGUCCUGGGCAUUAGCUGAUGCUAUUUUGGGCGGCCGGACGCCGUUCGCGCCGAACCCGCCUAAUCUGGAUGCGGACGCCGUCUCACCACAUGCUGUGACAUUUGCGUCCAUGACGCUGCACUGCAAGGUGUCUGGUGAUUUACAUGAACUGAGCGGCGACCAGGCGUCCGCACUCAGACAAGCCGCUCUGGCGCAUCUCGACACGUGGUCGGCUCAAAACGUGCCGAUUGCGGUCCCGAAGAAGCUUUGUUUGGCCGUUGCCGCUUUAGCCGUUUCGACGUCCUGGGAAGGGGCGUUGCCUCAUGUCCAGAACUCCUUGCAAGGUAGUGACGCGGACGUCGACAAAGCGUGUCGGACAAGAGCGGUAGCUGUGGAACUCCUAGCCGCUCUACCGGAGCAGUGCUUCUCGAAGCAGUUCAACGUGCCUCUGUCGCGGAGGGAGCACUUCAAUAGGUAUCUGAGAGAUGCUUCAGCAGGCGUGCUAGACGUCCUCACGUCUCUGGUGGGGUGGGCGUCCUCCACAGCAAGGUCAACCUCCCCGUCUGGAGCGGACCGCCUCACGGUGGCGGCCUUCGAGUGUUUGAGCGCGUGGAUCUCGUUCUGCGACAUCCCGCCCGAGAAAUUGGCUCAGUCACCUUUAUUCGCCGGCGCGUUUGAUGCCCUAGAUCACCCUUCCCUCUUCGAGGUGGCUACGGAUGUCGUCGUUGAAAGUUUGAGAAGGUUCGACUGUCGGGACCCGCGGUGUGCUCCCCUCAUAGGGCUGGUGGCGCCGCGCAUCAUGGCCCCCGCCUGUGUGGAAAUCAACCAGUGAGUUAGGUUUCGUGAGCCUCCACGCCAUCGAGCCGAGGCAGGAAUGGACGCAGCAUCGCGUCGAUGGCGUGGAAUCGCCACGCCAUCGCGCAGACGCAGUUACGGGGACGACGUCGUUUCGAUGGCGUGGGGCGUCCGAAACUUGAUUUCCACACAGGCCCUCGCUCCCAGACUGGAAAGAGCAAAACAAUCUGAGGACGACGACGAGGGUCUAGGUUUAUGUAGGUUAUUCUGCGAGAUGGGCGAGGCCUACCUGCCCAUGAUCGCGUCGGAACGGGACUGCAACCAGGCGUCUAUUGUGGAAGUGCUCAUGGCCUGCACGGAGUUCCCGUCGCGGAAAGUCAGCCAAGUACCCUUUCGGUUCUGGUACCACUUAGCAAAAGCCAUCUCGAAGACGGAGGACGCGGCCCUGCAGCAGAAGCUUCGUGGGGUGAUGUCUUCGACCUAUGUCCGGUUGGCGCGGUUAUGUGUCCGACUCUCAGCGCGAACGGAAAACGACUUGGAUGGCGAGGACAAGGACGCCGAUAGCGACGAGUACGAGAGCCAUCGGCAGGACCUGUUCGAGGCGUUGGGCGACUGCUGCUGCGUCAUCGGCAACCAGGCGGUGUUGGAAGCGAUCGCGGAGGAGCUGAAGGUCGCUGCUGCACCAGAACAUGCGACGAAUGAUGGCAUUGAGUCAUGUUUGUUCGCGCUGCGGGGCGUGGCCGAUUAUGUGGGCCAUUCUGAUAACAACGUCAUCGAGCCUGCUUUACAAUUAACAUGUACCUUACCGCAAGACUGGCGCCGGGCUCGACGCCAAGGCGCCGUGCUCAUCGGCUCCUACGCGAAGUGGCUGCAGCGGCAUCCAACGACAAUCCAGCCCUGCGUCCAGUUUCUCCUCGAAGAGUUGAGUCAGGAGGUCCGCGCACCGACACGACGAAGGAGGGAGCCGUCGGCGUCGCGAGCAGCACGAGCGUUGACGGCUCUGUGCCAUCGCUGCGCCGCGGAGCUCGCAGCAGCAAACUUCGUGCAGGUCCGGGACCAGAUCGUCAAUAAUGUGCCUCUUAAGGACGAACUGUCUGUCCUGGAGGGUCUGGGCGCCGUCGUGGCGGCGUCGGCGACGUAUGAGUCAGUAGUGCAGGGCACGCAGAUGCUCGCGCGGCCCCCUGCUGAAAGUUUGGCGUUGCUAGCCCAAUCGGACAACGCCGAACCGCGUUCCGUAGCGCACGAAUUGGAUCGGCUGACGGCGGUCAUGCGCUGCGCGUCGCCUUCCUCGCAAUUGUUGAACGGGCGGCCGCAUCCCGUGCUAGAAGUCUUCGCGAACCUGUGGCCGGUCUUCGAGGCCGUCUCCAUCAAAAUGAAAACGUCUCACUUGGUGAUAGAGAAGUUGUGUCGCUGCUACAAGCACGCCAUGAGAAGUUGUAGAAAGCACUUCGAGCCGAUGCUCGAUCGCAUGACGGCCCACCUCAUCAAAUCGCUGCAGGACGGCGUCCAGAAUGCCGGUUCUCCCACUCUACAAGACGGUUCGAGGCACUCCGCCUCGGCUCCCUUGUCAUCCUUCGUGUACUGCUGUAGUAUAUGUAUUACGGAGUUCGGCGACGAGGCGAGGAUGAUUCCGAAGCUCUUCGAGAUGGUGUCCUCCGUAAGUCAGGCGUGCUUCGCGUUAUUACAAUCUCCCCAACACUUCGCGGAGCAUCCCGAUUUGGUGGAAGAGUAUUUCUACCUCGCCAGUCGCUUCCUGGACUAUUGUCCUGGUAGCUUAUUGUCAUCGCCGUUGUUGGGACACAUCCUCCAGUCGGCGUCGACGGGGCUGCGGGUCGAACAUCGCGAAGCGUUGCGCGGCGUCUUGCAUUUUUGUGGCGAGUGCACGGCGGCGGCCGUGCUCGCGCUGAAGAAGUCGGGCGAUCCCCUGCCGCCCGCGAUGUCUUCAGAUGAACCCCUACAAGCGAGGGACGCUCCUAGAAGUCAAGAAGAUGUCGACCUGGCUCGUUCAGCGGCGCAAUCUGUAAGACGCUUGCUCGUGGACCAGGACGGCGGCCGCGCUUUGGUCGACGGGUUGCUCGCGGCCUUGUCCGGCGACCUGCCGGCCCAGUUCCUCGAGGAGGGGCGCGGUUCGCUCUUGGGCUGCCUCUGGAAGCUGCGCCUCUUCUGCCCGCCGGACGUGUUUGCGCGGUGGUGCGGCGCGUCGCUGGAAGUUAUCACGGCGAACUUCGCGUCCACCGAAAUCGCGGGCGAUUUGCUGAACGCGGUGUCCGUCGACCCGCCGCGGCGCGACGCGUUCCACGACGCGUUCGUCGUCUUCGCGCGGUGCUUCCAGACGAACAAGCGGGGGCGGCGGCGGAGCCACCGGUGAUUAUUUGCUGGCUCUAGGGUUUUCUAAUGAUAUUUUAGUAUUCUG